ACGCAACUUGAAGUGGAACUAUAUAUUGAACCACGUGAGGAUGAAAACAAGUGUCUAUCUUGGCUAAUGAAAUCCAAGCUUGUUAAACUUAAACAAUCACUUGUUGGUGUUGAAAUACUAAAGAUCCAUUCUGAUUCAAUUCAAUCUUGGGAGUGGCUGCCAGUGUUACAGUCCCUCAGUGAUUUAAAAUAUUGCACAUUUCCAGCGGAGAGGAAUGCACUCCUCCACCAACCAAUCUACUUCACUGGAUAGUUGAACAGAGACUGACAGAGAUUGUGGUUGAUAUUAAAUUCCCACCCACCAGCAAUCGUCACAGUUCAACAGUUAUGCUGGUUGAUUUUUUACCAAAAUCAGUUCUGAGAAUGAAUCCAAUUACUGAAAUGACGUUGUGCAACGUUGUAUCUCGUGAGACCAUGGCUGGUGUCCGGAGCAUCUUACAGCACUGUCCCAGUCUUACCACAUUGGAGCUAAGGGGAACCAGACUGGGCUAUGAUGGAAUCAUCUACAUAUGUAGUGCACUUAGAAAUAAUACAACGUUAAGACAUCUCGUGAUUCAUGAAGAUCUUCAAUUGCCACUUUCCAGGAAGGAAACGAACCUCAGUGAGACCUCUUCUUUCUCAUCCAUGGAGAGAGUUCCUCUGCCAGGUAAGACUACCUGCACUGACUUUCUUCUGGAACUAAACGACAUUCUCAAGGACAACACUACUCUGGAAGAGAUGAACAUCCAAUCUGGAUUAUUCCUCCCUCUCUCUGCUGGUGAAGACAGGAAGUAUUGUCAGUGGACAGGACUUGGACCUCUUCAACAGUUCAAUGUGGGAGCUGUCCGUAGUGGCACAUCUCCUAAUCUCAGGAGAUCAUUCUCAUCUUCAGACCUAACUCAGCCACAGACUCAACUCUUCUGGGACAGAUUUUUCGGUGCAUCUUAUUCGCGAAAAGCACCAUUUGUUGAUUUCAAGAAGCUAUUUUCCAAGAGGAAGGAGAAAGGAAAGAAUUUAUGCUCUCUUCCCUCAUUCACUGCUCCAGACACUGAAGUUCUACGGUCAUUCUCUGGUCUAGACCCUCGUCUCAAGGAGUGUCUGGAGAUAUCUCAUCUCCAUCAAUAUGUGGAGAGACUCAGGAAGACUUACAUUAGAAUUUUGAAGGAGGUUGCAGAUUAAUUGUAGAUGUUGGACCUUCCCGCACUUUCAUAGCAACUUGCUACAAGUUAUACAGCGACCUGCAAACCUACAGCAACCUUCAUACCUAACAUCACAUCUACUGCAACCUGAUUUUUUUACAACAUCUACAUCAACCAUCAUAUCUACAGCGACCAUCAUAUCUACAACCACCACCAUUAUCUACAGCAACCUGAGUAUCUACAGCAAACAUCAUAUUUACAGCAACCUACCUAUCUACAGCAACCAUCAUAUCUGCAGCGACCUGCAGGCCUACAGCAGCCUGUACAACAACCUACAUACCUACAACAACCUUCACACCUUCAACAACAUGCAUGUCACCAUUCAUGUCUACAACAAGCUACGCAUGCACAGCUACAUACACAUGUGCCAUCAACAGCUGAGUAUCAUCAAGAAAAAGAACACCUUGAGCAAAACUAUGCACAAAAUUCACCAUGUGGGGAGACUUAGAGGGACUUACUUUGGAAUGUUGCAAGAUUUACAGAUAGCUAUGUUAUACACCUUUACAACAAGUGCAGCAACCACCAGCAAAUUACCAGCAUAUUAUUAUGUCCACCAACCAACUUACCUCCAGCAACCUUCACACUUACAACAACCUUCAUACCUCCAGUAAAAUUCAUACUCAGGACACAAACCUACAUACUGACCACAACCUGCAACCUGAAUUUGAUUUCAUCGCAGAUCAGAUUUCAGAAACCUUCACAACCUAACAACUUUCCAACCUUCAUAAUCACAACUGUGCACCUACUGUAUACUAUAAUUAUUGUUUAC